AUGCAACAAGAUAAGCAGAAGUAUGAUUGCUCCGUUUACAGCACAGGCAGCGUUAAGCCGAGUGAAGAAGACACGAAAUCAGCUUGCCAAAAGGCUGAAGGAUCGUUCUGUCAUCCGGAGAUGGAGAACGAUGAGACCUUGUUUUUUUUUUGUAUCAUCGGUGCGGGUCAUGACAACAAGGUCACUGCAUUUGAGGAGGCUUGCAAAUUCGGUACCCAAUACCUCGUUUCAUAUAGGGAGCGCAAGUACGGAAGAGUUAGAGAAAUACUCUACCUAAUUAAGUUCUUAUCAGUUAAUGAACUAGUUACCCUCCCAGGACCAGAAUGCAAAUCAUUUGAAGAGACCAACUAA